UUGAGCUGAAGUAGAUCAAAAACUUCCCAGGAGCUGAGGGGGAAAGACAGCAGAGCAAGAGGAGGAAAAUAAGCAAGGAGGAGAAGAUCUCCGUACCCCCCACCCAGGCAAAAAGGGGUCGGGACCCUAUUAAACAGACGCGGGCCGGGGCAGGAAGGAGCGCGCGGAGCGGGGCGAUGCCGCUGCUGCACCGAAAGCCCUUCGUGAGGGAGAAGCCCCCCGCCGACCUGCGGCCCGACGAGCGCGUCUUCUACUGCAGGGUCACCAACGAGAUCUUUAGGGACUACGAUGACUUUUUUGAACGAACCAUUCUGUGUAACAGCCUCGUAUGGAGCUGUGCUGUCACAGGUAAACCUGGACUCACAUAUCAGGAAGCACUUGAAUCCGAAAAGCGAGCCAGACUUAAUCUCCAGAGUUUUCCAAAGGCACUCAUAGUUCCAGUUUUGUAUUUGGCCACUCUUACACAUCGCUCACGACUUCAUGAGAUCUGUGAUGAAAUCUUUGCUUAUGUCAAGGAUCGAUAUUUUGUUGGCGAAACAGUGGAAGUAGUUAGAAAUAAUGGUGCAAGGUUGCAGUGUAAGAUUUUGGAAGUAAUAGCUCCACCACAUCAUAAUGGAAUGGCCAAUGGCCACAUCAACAGUACUGAAGAAGACACUAUUGUCAUCAGUGAUAGUGAUGAUUCAGAAACACACAACAGUUCUGCACAAAAUGGGAAGAAAAAAGCAUUAAUUGAUCCUUCCUUGUUCAAGUACAAAGUCCAGCCUAUUAAAAAAGAACUAUAUGAAUCUGUUACUGUAAAAGCAUCUCAGAUAAGCCGGAGGAAACAUCUCUUUUCUCGUGAUAGACUUAAACUUUUUUUGAAGCAACACUGUGAACCACAUGAUGGAGUCAUUAGAACUAAGGCAAUGUCAGUUGCAAAAUACAAGAUAGCAGAACAAGAUUUUUCCUACUUCUUCCCUGAUGACCCACCCACAUUUAUCUUCAGUCCUGCAAACAAAAGGCGGGGGAGGCCUCCAAAGAGGGUAUCUAUUAGUUGUGAGGACAAGAUUGCUAAUAAACAAAAUACUCCAGGAAAUAGAAGUAAAGUGGCACAGGAAAGGGCAAGAUUCCAGAAACAGAAAGAAGAAAUGCAGGCCAUGGCUUCUGAAAAAGCUAAAUUAAAGAGAGAGAAGGCACAUGCUAUGGAAGCCAAGAAAAAAGAGAGAGAAGAUAAGGAGAAAAAGAGAGAGGAACUGAAAAAGAUUGUGGAAGAAGAAAGGAUGAAGAAAAAAGAAGAGAAAGAAAGACUCAAGAUGGAAAAAGAAAAGGAAAGAGAGAAAUUACGUGAAGAAAAAAGGAAGUAUCUGGAAUACCUGAAACAGUGGAGUAAACCUAGAGAAGACAUGGAAUGUGAUGAUCUUAAGGAACUUCCGGUUCCAAUUCCAGUUAAGACGAGACUGCCUCCUGAAAUCUUUGGUGAUGCUCUGAUGGUCUUAGAAUUCCUUCAUGCCUUUGGGGAACUCUUUGAUCUUCAAGAUGAGUUUCCAGAAGGAGUUACUCUAGAAGUGUUAGAAGAAGCUCUUGCAGGAAAUGACACUGAAGGCCCACUAUGUGAAUUGCUCUUUUUCUUUCUGACUGCCAUUUUUCAAGCAAUGGCUGAAGAGGAAGAAGAAGUGGCCAAAGAUCAAAUAGCUGAUGCUGAGACCAAAGAUUUAACAGAGGCUUUGGAUGAAGAUGCAGACCCCACAAAAUCUGCACUGUUUGCAGUUGCAACUUUGGCAGCUGCAUGGCCCCAGUUACAUCAGGGCUGCAAUUUGAAAAAUUUGGAUCUCGACAGCUGCACUCUUUCUGAGAUUCUCAGACUUCACAUCUUAGCAUCAGGCGCUGAUGUAACAUCAGCAAAUGCAAAGUACCGUUACCAAAAACGAGGAGGUUUUGAUGCGACAGAUGAUGCUUGCAUGGAGCUGAGAUUGAGUAAUCCUGGGCUGUUGAAGAAACUCUCAAGUACUUCGGUGUAUGACUUAUCACCAGGCGAAAAGAUGAAGAUUCUUCAUGCCCUCUGUGGGAAGCUUCUGACACUUGUCUCUACUCGAGAUUUCAUAGAGGACUCUGUUGAUAUAUUACGACAGGCAAAACAAGAAUUCCGAGAGUUAAAGGCAGAACAACAUCGCAAAGAAAGAGAAGCUGCAGCAGCAAGAAUACGUAAGAGGAAAGAAGACAGAUUAAAAGAGCAAGAACAAAAGAUGAAGGAGAAACAGGAAAAGCUGAAGGAAGAGGAACAAAGGAAUCCUGCUGCAGAAGUAUCUGUUGGGGAAGAGGAACGGGAAGACCUUGAUACUAGUACAGAGAGCAAAGAAACUGAACGGAAGGAACAAGAUUUGGAUACAGUGACAGAGGAUGAGGAAGAACUGGGACCAAACAAAAAAGGAAGAAGAGGUAGGAGGGGGCAAAAUGGAUUCAAGGACUUUACAAGACAAGAUGAGACUUCUUGUGAAAAGAGUGAACCUCUUACUGCUGAGGAGGAAGAAGCUUUAAAACGGGAGCAACAAAAGAAAGAGAAGGAACUUUUAGAAAAGAUUCAGAAUGCUACAGCUUGCACCAAUAUCUCUCCCCUGGGUCGUGACCGCAUGUAUCGCCGCUACUGGAUUUUCCCCUCAGUUCCUGGAUUGUUUAUAGAAGAGGACUAUUCUGGUCUCACAGAGGACAUGUUAUUGCCUCGACCCUGUUCCUUUCAGAAUAGCAUACAGUCUCACAUCAUAAAUGAACUUCAGGUAUCUACUAAAACUGGAGAGUCUUUGAAGUCAUCUGAAUCUACCUCCAAUAUUGACCAAGAUUCAUGUGCCAGUGUUGCUGUAGAGGUGCCAAGACAAGUAUAUAAGCCAAACCGCUGGUGCUUUUACAAUUCUCGGGAACAACUGGAUCAACUCUUAGAGGCUCUGAAUUCCCGAGGAUAUAGGGAGAGUGCCUUAAAAGAAACUCUUUUACAAGAGAAAAAUAGAUUAUAUGAGCAACUAAACAAUUUUCCUGUGGAAAAAUUCCAUAUUCCAGACAAACCUCAAAGUGACAACAAACCACCGUCCUCAGGGCGAGGAAGAAUAGUGAACGCACAUGAUACAUCUCAAAUGUCUGCAGAAAAGCAGCUUGAACUGAGACUUAGAGAUUUUCUUUUGGACAUUGAAGACCGAAUCUAUCAAGGAACAUUGGGGGCUAUUAAGGUUACAGAUAGGCAGUCUUGGAGAGCAGCCUUAGAAAAUGGGCAGUACGAACUUCUGAAUGAGGAAAAUAAGGAAAAUGGUAUCAUUAAAGCUGUGAAUGAAGAUGCUGAAGAAAUGGAAACAGAUGAUCAAGCCAAGUUCAUUGUAAAAGACAGACUUGUUGGAUUAAAAACUGAAGCUCCAAGCACUGCAUCAACAAACACGAGUACUCCUCAGCCAGUUAAUAAUGUGGUCCGUUACUUGGCAUCUGCACUACUUCAAAUAGAACAAGGCACUGAGCGCAGGUUCCUCAAAGCACCACUUGGUGAUGCAGAAGAUAAUAAAAGGAACGAAAGGGGGGAUAAAAAAAGGAAGAGGGAGGAAGACCAGUCUAGUCAGAAAGAUGAUGCCAAUGAUGGUGGACGUUCAUACAAAACAGUCCUGGACCGCUGGAGAGAAUCUCUUCUUUCUUCUGGCAGCCUCUCCCAAGUCUUUCUACAUCUCUCCACAUUGGAUCGAAGCAUUAUCUGGUCUAAGUCCAUUCUAAAUGCUCGCUGUAAGAUGUGCCGAAAGAAAGGUGAUGCAGAAAGCAUGGUGCUAUGUGAUGGCUGUGAUCGAGGCUAUCAUAUCUACUGUAUCCGGCCCAAGCUCAAGGCCAUUCCGGAAGGAGAUUGGUUUUGUCCAGAGUGCCGACCAAAACAACGUUCUAGACGCCUCUCCUCUAGGCAGAGACCAUCUAUGGAAAGUGAUGAAGAGGCUUCAGAACAGUUUGAAGAGGAGGAGGAAGAGACUUACUAUGAGGAAGCAGGACAAAGUGAGGAAGAGGACUAUGAGGAGGAACAAGAGGAAGAAGAUGAAUCUCAAGAGGAGGAGGAACUGAGCCUAUCAAAACAAGGAAGACCACAAGUCAAACUUCCGUUAAAAAUGAGAGCAGCUAAACUUAACAACCCCUUUUCAAGUCAGAGCAGCCAGCGUCAGACCAGUGGAAGAUACGCUUCUCGGAGUCAGCAUAAUACACCUAAGCAAAAUGAGUCUUCGUCUAAAGUUACUGGAAGGGGAAUAAGAAAGAUAAAGUCAGCCCCUCCAUCAGUAACAAAACCUUCUUUAAGACUGAACAGCCGUACUACUCGUCAGAGUCAAGCCUCGUUACAAGCAGAUGUAUUUGUGGAAUUACUCAGUCCUCGACGACGGCGUAGAGGAAAGAAUACUACUGAUAGUACACCAGAAAACAGUCCUUCUCUUGGCUUUAGAAUUGUUGCUACCACAGACUCACGUGAACGGGUUAGAAGAUCUCCAUUUUCUACGCAGAAGUUUUCUCUUCAGGAUAAUGAAUCUAAAAGAAGAGGCAGGAAACGACAAUCCACAGAUUCGUCUCCUCAAACCUCACUGAAUAGGAGGAGUUCGGGUCGUCAGGGUGGAGUUCAUGAACUAUCAGCUUUUGAACAACUUGUAGUGGAACUAGUACGACAUGAUGACAGCUGGCCUUUCAUGAAACUGGUUUCCAAAAUCCAGGUAAUUGAGGUACCAGACUACUAUGAUAUUAUCAAAAAACCUAUUGCCUUAAAUAUAAUCCGUGAAAAGGUGAAUAAAUGUGAAUACAAGUUAGCAUCUGAAUUCAUUGAAGACAUUGAACUGAUGUUUUCGAACUGUUUUGAGUACAACCCUCGUAAUACAAGUGAAGCAAAAGCUGGAAUUAGACUUCAGGCUUUUUUCCACGUUCAGGCUCAAAAGCUUGGACUCCCUAUUGCAUCUGGUAAUGUGGACCACGCUGCCCCAGCUGCAAAGAAGUCAAGAAUUUAACCUCUACCUUCCAAAGGAUAUUUUUGAGGGAACCUUUAUAUUCAUGAAAAUGAAACAUUAAAUCAUGCAGUCAUUGUAUCUGUAUAAAGCAAUAACACCAGUUUAACCACCUUGAAGUGUGGCCUGCACUAUAUUCUCAAUUUAAUAUUAAGCACUCAGGAGAAUGUAGGAAAGAUUACCUUUGCUACAGUUUUAUUCAGUGUCUGAUAACUUUGAUAGAUUUAUUGGAUACAGUACUGGUUUACAGAGGUUUUGUACAUUUUUAAGACAUUCAUGUGUCCAAAUAUCUUCCAGAAAUAUUUUUUCUGCACCAUAUGACCUUGUUUUAUCCUCUAGAUUUUCUAGGAGCUGUGGUAUUGUGAGGACUUUAUCAACUCAAAAUCUUCUACUGUAUCACAGUUAAAAACUGUGUAAAUGUCUGAAAUUCUGAGUACACCUUUUCAACACUACACAUGAAUGAGUACAAUUGCAUAUCCUUUAAAGUACUGUGCCAGUGCUGGCUGGAGGUAUUCAGUCUGAGUUUAUUAAGUAGAUAUUUAUUUAGCAUUCAAAGUAAUUUGUGAAUUUGUUUUGUAUUUAUAAAAUUUGUAUGUGGGGGGGGAUAAGAGUUCCUUAACUUUUUUUUUUUUUUUAAUUUUUUCCUGUGUUUUGUUUAUUCCUCUAAUCCUGAUGAUGGGUUGAUAAAAUAAUACCUUCUCCUCCUCCUGGCAGUUCUUCUAGCAACUUCAGGACUGUAUUAUAAGUUUCUACGUACAACUUUCUAAGUGUACAAAUAAAAUGAUACAUUUUUCAAAGUA